UUUUUGCCACAUGUAAUUUAUAGAUUUAACUCGGUGAAAUCGAGGACGAUAGAGCUAGGGAAUUGUCUGUACAUUGUGAUAAAUCCCGACCACGCAAUCUUGUACAACCUUAUCACGGGCAACGUUUUUAUUUCUCGCAGUUUAGGAAAGAACUUCUAAACAUUGUGGGGAAAAGUCUCGAGGUUGAAAGUAACAGAGAGAGAAACCACCUGUACUCAGACGGUGGGUUCGUGUAUUGAAUGAAAUAUAUGUCUAUGCAUGGACCGAUGAACUACUUAACGGAAACUAGGUAACGUUCUAUGUGUGUAUUUCACUACCUGGUUUGAAUAAUUCCGAUACCUUCCAACCAUUCAAGUCUGUAAUUAUAUAAACUGACAAGCUAUUUGACGACAGCUUGAGACGGUGAUUUAUUUACAUUUCUGGAAAAUGAAUUCAUGAUUUAAAAGAUUAUCUUUGUGAUAUUCAUUUCAGUGAAUUGAAUGGAAAAUUGAAUUUCUACACUCUUCAGUGCAUAUGAGAUUCAAUUCCAUUGAGAUUAUCCAGCUGCAGAAUUUGUGCUCAGAAAUUCUUGAUUAACAACAUUUCAGACAGGAUGCUGCUUACACUGUGAUGAUCAAACCUUCCUGUGACCUGUAGCUGGUAGUCAGCUGUGUGCAUUAAUGGCCAGCCAAGUUUGUUAAGUCUUCUUAGGAGUCCUACAGAAUCUCUCAUCAUGUCUGGGCCCCCUAUCGACAGAGGCUGGGCAAUAUUGGUGCUUGUAGGAUUUUUCAUCACUUCGUUCAUCAUGGUGGGAACAGCAAAAUCCUAUGGGAUCCUAAUGGGGGAGCUGAUGAAACAUUUUAAGAUUUCUGCAGCCACUGGAGCGCUGGUCAUGGGUGUUUCAGGGGCAGUGUACACCAUUACAGCUCCGAUCUGCGUGGCGUGCGGUGAGGUGUUCUCCCAGAGGAAGGUGGUGAUUGUUGGCAGCCUAAUUGGAUUCGUGAUGGUGGGGCUAUCCUCUCUGCUCGUUAGCAUGGAGUACUUUAUCUUCUUCUAUGGUGUUGGCACAGGUCUAGCUAAUGCUUGUUUCUUUGGCAAUGGAUUGGUUAUGGUUGGAAUGUAUUUCAAGAAAUGGAGAUCCCUUGCAACUGGGCUGGCCUUGAGUGGAGCCAGUGUUGGGACCUUUGUUAUACCUAUCCUUCUGGAAGCUCUCCUAGAAACAUUUUCUCUCUAUGGUGCCAUCCUGGUUAUAUCGGCCUUAUACUUCAAUGGCUGUGUCAGUGCUGCUCUCUAUAGACCUUUUUCAUUCUAUACCAAGUGUGCUGAGAAAAAAAGUUCACCAGACUCUAAAAAUGAACUUUUACCUCAAGGAGAGCCAAAAGUCAAGGAACCAACUGAACAGUCUGAAACAGAGAAAAUUCAGACUGAGUCUGAGAAAAACACUGAGUACUCUCAUGUAGAAAGUGAAGAGGAGGUCAAGAAAAGUCUUCUGGAAUUAAACCAGACAGAAGACACAACGAGCAAACAACCUGCCCCAGCACCCAGUGGGCGGCCAGUCUGGAGGUUUGAACUUUGUGGACGAACCUUGACUCUCCCAGUGAUUAUCCAGUUCAAUGUCCUAAAAAUGCCAGUAGUUCUGUUCUUCACUGUGUUCAGCUUCUUUGUGUUCGUUGGUUACUUUAACUUCAUCCUGUUCUUGCCGGUAGACGCUCUCUCCCGAGGGAUCACCAAGUACGAGAAGGCUGUGCUGGUGUCGUACACGGGCAUGGGGGACCUAGUGGGAAGGAUACUGGUUGGUUUCCUUGGAGAUCUGAAGCUCAUCCAGCGCUACAAGAUCCUGGCCAUCAGCUGUAUUCUGUGCGGGGCCAACAUCAUUCUGUUUGAGAUAGCGGGCCAGGUGUACUGGUGGAUGGCAAUCCAUGCUACUCUGUAUGGGUUCUUUGGAGGCUGCUUUGUGGCUAUCAACAGUAUUGUGCUGAUUGACAUGGUGGGACUGAAACUGAUGCCUAAAGCCUUGGGGGUGGUUCUACUGAUUCAAGGGCUAGGGGCUGCCAUUGGACAACCUUUAGAAGGUAAGAUUCGGGAUGUAACCCAAACCUAUACCUCCCUGAACAUCAUCAACACCGUCCUAAUGGUCGGCGCGGGCAUGUUUCUUUUCCUGUACCCUCUGGUCAAGCGGUUCCAGGACAAGCCCCCAAGGAAAGAAGAAAGCCUGCAGGUUCAAGUUCCAGAGGAAGCAUGAAGAUUAAUACUGAUAAUAGACAUCAGUUUUCUGAAAGGUUUUCUGGCACAGAACUGGAAUUGUUAUGCUUUUUUUUUUCAUUGAGAGCUGUUCUUUUCUUUGAGUGCUUUUUACGUAGCUUUGUUAGCCUAAUAUGGCUUUUUGAGUGUUGUUUGGAUUAUAAAGGACGAUUGUGUGUUUGUGUUUGGGAGGGAGUAAUAAUGAGUUUCUGAAAGUCUAUAAAAAUCAGGGUAACUUACUGUAACAUAUUGUUUAUUGAUCAUUUACAUGUUUUUGAAAAUAAUUAAAUGAUUUUUUUAAACCUACUGUAUUUUGAGCCAAUGUUUAUUUGAAGACAAUCAAAUUCAGGUUUUCACCAUGUAUAUCCUUACAGUUUUUGGAGUUUUAAGAGCUAGUGCCAUGAACUAUUCAAACUGUAUGAAAUCAAUUAUUUUUUUUUUGUAAGAGAGUUAUAAGGAACAUUUGUGUACCUCUUAGUCGGGAAUAUUUGUAAUGAAACUUCAAUCCUGUAAAACUGUCUUUGUGUAACACUAACAUGUUUUCAGUGGAUGAAAUAAAAUUGUUACAGGGUGUAUGUGUAAAAAUUGGUCAGCAAAACUUACUAGUAUGGAGGUCAGAUGUAAAGAAAUCUCAGCUGUAAGCCAUAGGAAGCAUAAUCUCUCGUAUCUAAAAAAAUUUUAACAUGGACACAAAGAAUAUCAGUUAUCAUGUAUUAAAAUUCAGGUCCUUCUGAACUUCUUUAUAAGAAAUUGUCAUAUUCUUGUUAUAUACUUUGUCAUAAUGCAGUCUCUGUAGUCGGGAUUACCCUUCUAUUUAUUUAUUGUGAGCUGCAGGUGCCCUACAAAUGGACAAAUGUAGACCAGAUGGAAAUUUAAAUCUAGCUGCACAUACUCUGUGCUACUGUUGUAAGGAUGGAUUUUUGUCUUUUAUAACAUUGUACUGUUUAAACAUAUUGUUGUAUUGUACAUUGUUCAAAUGAUAAAGGAUUUUUUUAAAAAUUUUACUUUGAGUUAGUGCAUAUGGACGGUUUUUUGCCUGUUGUUGAUAUUAGUUAAUGUGACUUUUGUCAUAUUUUACACUGGACUGAUGAUGAAGAAUAUGGAAUCGAUUUGAUUUUACUUUGUGCUUCAGUAUUAAUGAUAUUUUUCCCCUUGUUUUAAGAAAUAGUCACUAGUAAGACUUUUAUCACUGUAUAAAUGUAUUUAACUUUGUGCUGUUGAUGGAGCGAUUUUUUUAAAUUUUAAUUUACGCUACUGCAUUUAUUGGGACAUUUUUUUUAUAUGUUCUUUUUUUUUAAAGAUUGAAGACACUAAAUUUUUUAUUAUUCCAUUAUUUAAUAUUGUAGGGCGAGUUGGUAUAUUUGGGUUGGAGUUUGUGAUUGAUAGUGAUGCUCAGGUGAGCAAUACAGUAUUGGGACCUCAUUUCAUUAUCAUUAUGAUGUCAUACAAGUAUGUACAAUGUACUACUUAAAGGACAGUUUUGUCAUACUGACACUUAUAUUUGGCACAGACAUGUAUAAUUGUGAAGUUUAUUCAAAUAAUAGGAAAGAGUCACAAAUGUUUCACCAAGUUUUAAGACCUCCUCAGACCUUGUAUGUUGACUGACUGAAUCUUUUUUUUCGAUUUUUGAUUUUUACAUCUCUUCUGAACUAUUUUAAUUCUUUUCCAUAAGUUAGCAGUUAUGCUAGAAAAUAGUUUUGGAACCCUUUUUAUCAAUAUAUAACUAGUCUUCUGAAUUGUAUUCCCAGAGAACACUCAUAUAGUUUAUCUGCACAGCAAAGUACAGUCAUGCCUUAUUAAUCUUGAACUCAAAGGGGCCAAGAAGUGUGUGUGUCCAGCUUGCUUCCUUAUAACCAUUGUAUUAUAAUUUAAGGCAUCAAUAAAUGUUCAAGAUAGUUCUGGUAUAUUCCACAAUGCUGAUCUGACAAUUGUGAUUUAUGUUAGAAAGUAAGUUUGGCAUUUUUUUGUUCAUAUUUAAUUGUUAAGUAUGGUAUUUUAACUGUUUAAGCACUGCCAGAUCUUAGUGAGAAGCACAAAUAAGUGUUCCCUAUCCAUAAUUCUUAAGUGCAGACAUUAUUUUCUUAACUGCAGAACUAUAGUUCUUUAGAAAUUAGUAGUUACAAGUAUCCUUCAUUUAUCAAACAUGGUGUAUUUGACGCGUCACAGUUCUCUAGGUACAGUAAAACACGCUUAUAACGAAGUCCCAGGGACGGCCAAUUUAACUUCAUUAUAAGCGUAGUUCCUUAUAUCCGUCAAGUUUACAACAUGAAAUAGAGACUUGGGGAAUGAAAUUCACUUCGCUGUAAGCGUCAAUUCAUUAUAAGCGUGUUCACUAUAACCGUGUUUUACUGUACCCAUUUUCCAGGCUGCUGGUUUCGUCCUUGAGUGUACUAUGUAUAACCAUCUUGUUGUCCAGCAGUUACUGUAAUGCUGUUUCCUACAGUAUUAUUUCUCCUCUUCAUCUGUGUCGUUCUUUAUAAACUCUUUUAUUACAUAGUGCCAUUUCUUACAUGAGACUAGGGUUCAUCCGUAGAUAGGGGAAGCUAACCCCCCCCCCCCUUCAAAAUUCAAAUUUUUUUUAAUUACUUACUAAUAAAAUUACCAAAAAUAUGCCUCAGACCCCCCUGGAAAACUCAAAUAACCGUCAGACUUCACCCCCUGGACAAAUUUUCUGGAUUUGCAGAGCUUAGGUUUUAUGAUUUUCAAAAGGAAAUUAAAUUGGGAUUGAAAUCCACACAAUUUCGAUAAAUCACUGUGUAGCAAUGCCAAAAAUCACCCUGUUAUAAAGGAACAAGAGUCUAUCAUCCCAGUGAAAACAGGUUCAUUAAUUGUACCUCAAUAAAAUAUUUUUGAGAUUAUUUUUUCAAAACGCCCUUGUAUUUUUGUAUGCAUAAUAAUAAAAGUUAAAAUGUA